AUGGCUACGAAUUCUUCUGCAUUUAUCAACACAGCUGAUCCUGAUGAUAUUUCGAUCGAGGACAAUUCAAAUUAUCCAUCAAUCAUCAAAGAAUUUUUCUCGUAUCUGAAACAUAAUAUAGAGAAAAAUCGAUGGUCAUCGAAAUGUAGAUUUUGUCCUUUGAUCAUCACUGAUACUUAUAAAACAACUUCAAAUUUUGUGAAGCAUGUGAAAAAUAAACAUCAAUCCCUCUAUGAUGAAUGGAAAAAUAAAAAUGCUGAAUCUUCAAAAGAUAAAAACCAACCGAAAAUAAACCAUGUAUUUAGUCCUGAUAGAGAAAAAUAUUCGACGAACAACAUACGACAACAACAGCUUACCAAUAGCAUUAUUCAAAAUUUAAUAAUAAAUAUGGCUCUUCCAUUAUCAAUUGUCAAUCAUGUGUCGUUUAACAAUUUCAUGAAGAAUGUUGAUCCAAAGUAUAAACCUAUUCACAGACGUGAUCUUACUCGUUCACAUAUACCUGUUUUACAUAAGAAAUGUAUAUCUAAAUUACAAGCAAUUUGUUCUCGUUCAAAUCAUGUAAGCCUUACUCUCGAUGUUUGGAGUGAUCGUCGGAUGCGAUCGUAUUUUGGUAUCACUAUGCAUACUAUUAUUGAAGAUAAACAUCAAUCAUUUUUACUUUCAUUUGAACGAUUACAAGGACAACAUACAACCGAUAAACUUUCAACAGAAUUCGAUCGUGUCGUACAACUUUAUAAUUUAAAUAAUAAUAUUGUUCGUUUAAUUACUGACAAUGCCAGUAACAAUUUAGCUGCAUUUGACAACAUUGUUUUACCCGGGUUUGAUGAUUAG